AUGCAGGCGCCGCGGGCCCUGCUCUCCGCCGUGUUCCUCGCCUGCUUCUUGUGCGGGGAGCUGCCCGGCUGCCGGCAGGCCGCCCUCGCCCGUCCCCAGCCGGCGCGGGGGGCGCGGAGCCGCCGCCAGGGCCGGGCGCCCCGCGAGCCCCCCGAGUACAUGCUGGCCCUCUACCGGGCCGCCUCCCGCGCCCACAGCCUGGCCGCCAACGCCACCUUCGCCCCGGCCUCCCGAGCCGCCAACACCGUCACCAGCUUCGUGGACCGCGGGCGAGACGAUCUCUGGCCCAGCGCCUUGAGGAGGCAGAAAUACGUGUUUGAUGUCUCGACUCUCCCGGACCAAGAGGAGCUGGUGGGAGCCGAGCUGCGGCUCUUCCGCAGAGCCCCCGGCGGCCAGUCGUCCGAGGCCCAGGCGGGCCCGGCCCACGUGCAGCUCUCGCCUUGCCACUCGGGCCGCCUCCUGGCCGCCAGGAGCCUGGGGCCGCGGGAGGCGGCGGGCCGGGCCGGCGGCGGCUGGGAGGUGUUCGACGUGCGGCAGGCCCUGCUGCACCACCGGCCCCGCAAGCGGCGGCGCCCGCUGUGCCUGGAGCUGCGCGCCGUCGAGGGGCCUCGAGCCGCCGCCCCGGACCUGCGCGGCCUGGGCCUGGCGCGGGGCGGGCGGCCGCCGCACGAGAGGGCGCUGCUGGUGGCCUUCAGCAAGGCGAGGCGGAGGAGCCUCUUCGCGCAGUGGCGCGAGGAGCGGGGGGCCCCGGCGCGCGCCCCCGGCCCGGCCGUCCGGCUGCGCCGCCCCAGGCGCGCCGCCUACAGCAGCCGCCACGGCAAGCGGCACGGCAAGAAGGGGCGGCUGCGCUGCAGCAGGAAGGCCCUGCACGUGAACUUCAAGGAGCUGGGCUGGGACGACUGGAUCAUCGCCCCCCUGGAGUACGAAGCCUACCACUGCGAGGGCGCGUGCGACUUCCCCUUGCGCUCCCACCUGGAGCCCACGAACCACGCCAUCAUCCAGACGCUCAUGAACUCCAUGGACCCGGGCGCCACCCCGCCCAGCUGCUGCGUGCCCACCAAGCUGACCCCCAUCAGCAUCCUCUACACCGACGCCGGCAACAACGUCGUCUACAAGCAGUACGAGGACAUGGUGGUGGAGUCGUGCGGCUGCAGGUAG